UUGGAUCGAGAGACUCUCCUCUCGGCCUUGCAGAACGUCGCUGCCUAUAUCACAAAGAAAGGCGGCAAUGUAACAGUCAUCGCUAUCGGCGGCGCUAUCAACACCAUCUACCUCAGGAGCCGUCAGACCACCCACGACGUCGACUUCUUCAACAACUACCUGACGGCCGAUGACUUCAAGCAUCUGAUCCAAGGUGCCAGGGAGGCAGCCAAACGCAACCCCGAGCUCGAAGAGUCCUGGUUCAACAACCGCACCAUUCUCUUCAUCCCGAAAGACCAGCGGCAGACGCUGACGGACCAGGCAUUUGCCCAGCGAGAGGUCAUCUUCAGACAGGGAGGGUUGACCGUGCUCGCGGCACCUUGGCAGUAUGCCUUCUGUUGCAAGCUUGACCGUCUUGCUGGCUCUGGGCUUCAUGGUGCCCGGAGUUAUGACCUCGAUGAUGCUGUGCAGUACCUGAGACGGUACCUGGUGAAGGCCGGCCAGACCCAGGUGUCGUACACGACGGUGCGCGAGUGGUUCACACAGUAUUUGCUGCGCUGGACCAGCGCAAACGACGAGGUUGUCACGAAGGUCAACACGACAUAUCGAGCAGCCUUCCGAGUACAGUACAACGUCAUUGCUUGA